AAGCACGAGCAGCGCGCCCUCUCCCAUACCCAGUCACCCGGAACGAACCAGCGCUGUUCCGAGGGAGCAGCAGACAGGCCUCCAGCUCAUGCCGUACGUCCACCGUCUAGUCCUGCUGGUCAGCCUCGGGCACGAGAACGAAGCAGCCAUGGGUAACGCGCAACGCAAGACCGGCGAGAUACCGGACGAGAUGACGGGCCUUACCGAGCACCAGAAGAAGCUGGUCCAGGCAACAUGGCGUAGCUUCACCAGCCACAACCGCGAGUACGGCCCGCUCGUCUUCCUGUCCUUGUUCGCCAAGCAUCCCGAGUACCUGCCGAUGUUUCGCAACUUCCGCGGCAAGAGCGUGACCCAGCUCAAAGACGACCCGAUAUUCCGUGCCCACGGCUGCUCCAUCGGCUACCACGUGACCUCCAUGGUGGAGAGCCUCGGGGAUCCUGCCGCCUUAGAGGUUCUGGUGCGCCGCAACGCAACCGAGCACCUUCGCCGCAAGGGCGUCAAGCCGCGUCACUUUGAGAUACUGGGCCAGUGCCUAGUGGACGUCCUCCAGGCAAGGGAAGAGCGCCUGAUGACGCCAGAAGCCAUAGAAGGCUGGGGAAAGUUCCUCGCGUUAAUGGUGCGCAUCAUCAAGGACGUGUACGAGAAGGCGGCCGCCGAGCGCGCCGAGCGCGGCUCGAUUGCCUCCUGGGCCAGCGACAUUGACGACCGCACUGCCGAGAUCGCCAGCGGUAGUCAGGCGACGGGCGAAGGCUCGGUGUCGGCGACGGCGGCCGGCAGCUCCGGAAAGGAAUCGUCGUACAAGAUUGGCGCUGGGUGGAAGAUAGGCGCCCCUAAGAAGGCCAGCGCUUCCCAGCCUCGCAAGUCGGACCACGAGACGCCGACGAAGACCCCGUCAGCGCAGGUGACGCCCCCCGACAAGCACCACGACAAGCUGUAGACCGACAAGGACUCCUCGAACGACGACAACGCGUGUUGCGACGCAAGUGGCGAGGGUGGGCGGGAAAAGGACGUCAAGGAGAAGUAGCACGGGCUCAUUUCAUGCAGGGCGAGAGGGUGAGCUCAAUGUGCGAUGAGGACAGCGCCCUGAGCGGAGCAGCGCUGGCUGGAAUCCGACAUGCCGAGGCAUAACGUUGAUGUUUUUGUAGCAAUUAUUAUUACACGUGCGCGAUUUUUUUAGCAUGUUGCGUCGAUCAGGCACGCAUUUGAACGGUGUUCCCGAGUCUUGUGGGUGGUAGCGUCACCGAUAUGAUUGAAAUAUAUUAUGUAUAAUAAACGAAACUUACGUUGACACUGCAA